AUGUCAGUACCAAUGGAAGCAACAGAACCAGCCGUAUUCCACGGCACACCUUACGUCAACGGCCAUGCUUCGGCCACGCUUCUGGCAGCUGACCUCGAACUCAGUCUAUGGGGCGGUGUAAAUCAAAAGACCGGCGAGGUCAUCGACCGGUUUCACCCAUUGAGCGGACAUUUCUUGAAGGACACCGUCUUAGCAAUCCCCGCAAGUCGAGGAUCAUGCGGCGGCAGUGUUGUCAUGAUGGAACUCAUUCUCAACGGGCUUGGUCCCAAAGCGCUCAUUCUCGAACGUCGCGAGGAGCUCAUAACACUUGGCGUUCUUGUGGCGGAUGAGUUCUUCGGUAAAACAGUACCAGUGGUAACUGUUAAGCCUGAGGAAUUUCGGCAGUUACUCCAAUGGGGCGAGAAGACAGUCCAUAUCGAUGGUGGUGCUGUAUCGGAUGGUCCUCUCACCUCCCUCACUGGAAUCGUCGCAAACGGAGUUCAGAAGCCUUCUGAAGACCUUACGAACCUGGGGAUUCGGCUUUCCAAUUUCGACUUAGCCACCUUGGAAGGAGCCAACGGCGAGGCGGCCAGAAUUUCGAUGCGAACAAUUAUCCGACAGGCACAUCUAAUGGGAGCCACCGAGCUGAUGGAUGUAAGUCAAGCUCACGUUGACGCGGCUUGGUACGGCCCCGGAUCUGUCGCCUUCGGCAAAAGACUCCGGGAUUGGGGUGGGAAGUUCCGAGUUCCAGCCACCAUAAACUCUCUCAACGUUGACCAAAAGCGAUGGCGGACGCUCGGCAUCGACUCUGAGCUUGGGACUACGUGCGACGAGUUGACCAAGGCUUUCGUCGACAUGGGCGGCCAGGUGUCUUUUACUUGCGCGCCGUAUCUUCUUGAAACCGCUCCGAAGUUGGGAGACUCGAUCGCCUGGGGAGAGUCCAACGCCGUGGUUUACGCAAACAGCGUUCUCGGUGCAAGAACCUUGAAGAAUCCAAACAUGUUGGAGGUACUCAUCGCGUUAACGGGGCGUGCGCCGAAGUCGGGUGCCUACGUCGACGCGAACCGAGUUGCCUCUGUAUGGAUCAAGGUUGAGGUACCCGAUGGAAUUGACGACUCCUUCUGGCCUAUAUCAGGAUUCUGUUUCGGCGCUAUUGCUGGAGGUCGUAUCCCAGCUAUCACGGGUCUUGAAGGCCUCAAACCCUCCAACGAUGACUUCAAAGCCUUUUCGGCAGCCUUCGCUACUUCUUCGAGCGCGCCGAUGUUUCAUAUGGUCAACUUGACACCAGAAGCUCCAACACUGGAAGCCGUUUGCUCUGGUGGUAUCUUACCCGAACGCGUUGAUGUUGGCUGGAAGGAGCUACACGAAUGCUGGGACGAGUUCAAUCACGGGUCGACGGAGAGGCAGGUCGACCUCAUCUCGUUCGGAAACCCACACUUCUCCUCUCGCGAGAUCAGGGACGUCGCCAAGUUGUGCCGUGGCAAGACCAAGCACGAGGACGUGUCGGUGAUUAUCACGUGUGGUCGGGCGCAACAUGCAUUGGCUACUCAGGCAGGCUAUGUUGAAGAGCUGGAAAGAUUCGGAGCGCAAUUCCUCACGGACACCUGCUGGUGCUCUAUUGAGGAGCCAGUCAUUCCGAAACCCACCCAGGUGAUCAUGACAAACUCUGGAAAGUACAUCCACUACGGCCCCGGUCUGACCGGUCGGAAGUUCUGCUUUGGGAGUUUGGAGAUGUGUGUUCAAGCCGCCGUUUCGGGGAAGAGCACAGGGGCGCCGCCGACAUGGCUACAAAGGUCUUGA